AUGCAAUUAAAUAAUAAUAAUGGUGAAGAUAAUAGUAAUGAAAAUAAUAGUGUUAACAGAAUAAUGGAUGAUUUUAUGACCAUGUUAAUGGAUACUACAACUCAAAAUAGAGAAUUAGUUAGAGACAUAUCCAACAUGAAUAAUAGACUAUUAACAGGUUUAGAAUCUGCAAACAAUGUCAAAAUUUCUCAAACCAACACACCAUGGAAAAGUAGUCAAAGUGAAACAUUGUGUUAUAGAUGUCGAUACUAUGUCAGAAUUGCUCAAAUGAAAAAAGUAGCUCCACCAUUCAAAGAUAAUUUCAACCCUCCGCAUAUUCUAAAGCAACAACAACAAUAA